AUGGCGAUCAUCAGUCUUCUGGUACUGAUACUGGCAUCUGUCAGUUUGUCGUCUGACGGUGGUGUAGCUGCUCUCUGCAGCUCACCUUACUGCCCGCCACCCUGGCGUGCUUUCCAGGGGCACUGCUACCUAUGGGUGGACAAACUAAUGUCUUGGAUGGAUGCUGAGCGCCACUGCCAGAUGCUAUCCCACCCAGGGAAGAUGGCCCACCUUGUGUCCAUCCACAGCAAAGAGGAAGAUGAAUUCAUCGGCGAGUACUCUCAAACUAAUCGACACUGGAUCGGUUUCAACGACCACGUGAGUGAGGGUGAUUUUACGUGGACGGACGGGUCCAACGCAUCCUACACAAGUUGGACUCCGGGUGAACCCAAUAAUGAUAGACCCCAAGAAGACUGCGCCGAAAAAUACGCCUCGACCACAUGGAAUGACAACUAUUGCUUGAGAUUGAUGCGCUUUAUCUGCAAAAAGUAG